ACGGGUAUGGAGGAGAACAUUAUGGGGGAGGAGGCAAUGCCCAGAUAACUAUUUUAGGGGGGUGUAAUGGGGGUUGCCCUUACGGUCGUGCCUGCUGCGAUGGCAUCUGCACUGACCUUCGGACCAGCUUGUCCAGUUGCGGAGCCUGUGGCAAAGUCUGUUCCUAUGGCCGUACGUGCUGUGGGGGCAAGUGCGUCGACCUAUCUGUGGACAACGACAACUGUGGGAGGUGUAGAAGAGCAUGCUCAGUCCGGGAACGCACCUGCUGCUCUGGUCAAUGCGUCCGUCUAGGUUCGGACCCUCGUAACUGCGGCCUCUGCGGUAAAAGCUGUGGCAAAGACGUCUGCAUAUCUGGUCGCUGCCAGGCGUACUAAACGCAGGAUGGGGGGAAAAAGAGAGAAGUAGGUACUGAAGGGGAGGGGACGAACCUGGAGGAAAAAGAGGGUGCCAACAAUAACCAGUAAAUUUAGAGGAGAAAUACGUGCUAAUGGCUUAGCCUAAAUGCUAAGGAGGUGCUAAACCUAGUGCCACUGAAAAAUCUAAAGGCUAAGCAGGUACUCAUGGCUUAGUCUAGAGGCUGGCUAAGAAGAUGCUCAUGACUUAGUCUACAGGCGAAGCCCGUCCUAAUGCCUUGGUCUAAUGUGCUAAUUAUGCUAAUGUUUGAAGGCUAAGCGGGAGCCUUUUACUUAGUUUGGAGGCAAAACAUGUGCCACUGCCAAGUGGCUUAGCCUACACGCUGAGUAGGUGCUGAGCCUCGCAAAUAAUCCAGAUUCUACAGGCUAAGCAGUACCCAUUGCUUAGUCUAGACUCUAGAGGCUGGCUAGUAAAGUGCCCAUGGCUUAGUGACUUAGUCUUAAAGAGAAGCCUGUGCUAAUGGCUUAGUUGAAAGGCUAUUAACUAGGUGCUAAUCCCACUGGCAGUCACUUACAUAAAGGUUAAACCACCAGUACACCCGGGCCUCUUUUUCCGAACCGCCCGGGCCUCUUUUUCCGAAGAGCCAGCGGCGCACUUUCCUAAGUUCCGAACGGCCAGCGCGGCAGUUCUUUUCUUUUUUGGCUCACGGCGCCAGCCUUUGUGGUCCGGUAGGCCCUAGCCGCAAAAACAAUCUCGUAACGACAAGAUGUUUCGCUGCAAGGCUGGGGCCGUGUACUUGGGCUUUAAGCAGGUGGGUCCCCAUGCCUUAGCCUCAAGGUUGGCUAAGCAAGUGGUCAUGGCUUAGUCUAGACUCUACUAGACUCGAAGUACUUGCUAUGGCUUUGUCUAAUGGUCACAUAUGUACUAGUGCUACCCACUAAUCAUAAAGCUAAGCAGGUGCACAUGACUUAGUCUAGAAGCUGGCUAAGCAGGUGCUCGGGGCUUAAUUGAGAGGCAAAUUGAAAGCACAUGCUAAUGAGUUCGUCUAUAAUUGGCUAAGCGGGUGCUAUUGGCUAAGCAGGGGCUUAUGGUAAUGAGUCGCAAUGAGUCGUAAUGAGUCGUAAUGAGUCGUAAUGAGUCGUAAUGACUGAUCUAAUGGCUGAGCAGAAGCGUGCUAAAGGGUUAGUAGUCUGAAGGCUAAGUAGGUGCUAAAGCCAAUGACUAAUCUUAAAGCUAAGCAGGUUCUAGAAGCAGUCUAAGUACGUGUCGAUGACUAGACUGACUCAAGCCGAGUCAAGCGGUAAAGAUGCCGAGUCCGAGUCUUCGUAGCUGGCAUCUUACCAUUUGUCUGGUAAACUUUAAGGAUUAGCUAAGGCAACAAGGUCGUCGUCUCAAGACUGACAACUUGGCGAGCGAUGCUGACCCAGUCUACAAAGUUUAACUUGAAAGUUCCUAUGACGGACAGUCACUAUGGUCUAUAGGCACUACAAGCUCAGUACAUGUCAUUGGAACUAUAGAUAGCUUUGUGUGUCUAUGGGUUAUCGACCUAUGGUCUAAGUCCAGCAAGACUUAGUCAACUGGAACCUGGUCUAAAGACUUUCAAGGAAUGCAGAACCAGUCUAUGAACCGAGUACUAUGAAUCAUACUGUGACAUUGCUGCGGGAACUAGAGACUCUGGUAAUUGAACUAAGCAUAGACUUCAAAUUUCUGUCUAUAGACCUUAUAGAACGAGGUUAGUAGACGAUUUAGAGACUAUCGACUUAUCAUAUUAUGGCAUCAACUCUUCAUGGACUAGCCACGGGUGACGUGCGUCGUACAAUGUCAUUGACAGUGCAGAGAGCAACAGUUACUACUUUGGACGAAUUGCUUGUGCGCGGAGCCUGUGGCUUAGAAAAGAGGGGUAACCUUAUCAGGAGGUGGCAUCACUGGCAUUGGGGGGGGGAGGGGGGGUUCACAUUAGACACACGGAGGCCUCUUUUACAGGGGUUGUUUCCGGGGACAGCAACUGGAUGAUGGAGUGAAGAAGUAUGAAGGAGUUAAUGUUCUUCAAGACUUGCCAGUUCGGCGGUUCCGGUGUGAAGGUAGUUACCCUGAGUGUAUGUGGCCAGAGAUUUUCUGAGUUGGGUGAUGUAGUCCUUUCGCCGUUACGAAUUGACGAUUUCGAAUGAGGUCCUUGCGCCAGAUGAAAAAACAGGUGCCACUGAAGGGACUACUUGGCAUUUGCGGAGCCCUUAAUUGCACAAAGGCGAGCUCAGGGGACUACUUGGAAGUGGGAAUUUGGGAAUGAUGCUCUUUAAGCUCAGCGUCUGUCCAACGAAUGUGGUCGAUACAUUUGAACCUGUCUCAUCAGUCUCUAUGUAGAAAAGGUUGUGAUUUGCAGUGACAACUAUGACAAGUAACGCUGAUGAACUAGAGCCCUGUCUCACUGUUUGACAAUGUGUGGAAAAGGAAGUGGCAGUGCUGUGGCACUACUAGUGGGUGAAUGCGCCAGACUGCCAGUCUUUUUUGACGGAACAAGGGCUCUUUUUUUUUGUUUUGUUUUUUUAACUUCAUGGCCGGGGUGUUAUGCUUACAGGGGGCUAUUAUGUGCAUCCCCGAUAAGCAAGGCCCCUGAUU